AUGACUCCAUGUUUUGGCUUUUCUCCACUGCAUCCGUCAGUCUCUGUUUUGGCGCCAGUAGUUAUCAGUUGGCGCCAGGACCUUCAAAUCGCCAGGGGCAACAGGGCAGAGGGAUCUUUGGAUUCUUGUCAUACGUGCCAACAACAGGAGGAUCAAUUCCCCUCAAAAGAGCAGCAAAGGAAGAGCAAGAGGGGCGACAGGGAGGAGGGGAAGGCAGUGGAAAUGGAAGCCGGUUUCCUGUGGAAAGAGAGCGGCGACCAAGCCAGUGCGGCCAGAAUGACCGGUGGGAACAGGAACAAGAGCCUCGACUGGAAUUUGAACGACUGGAGGUGGGACACCAACCUGUUCCUGGCCACGCCGGCGGCCGCCGCGCCGUCCGAGUGCAGCAUCAGGGAGCUGAGCCGAGCUCAGGGGGAGAUCGAUUUCGGCGUCGUCAUUGACAAGAGGCGGCGGCUCUCGCCAGUGGAGGACGGCAGCGCCGGCUGCAGCGAUUCUGCGGUAGCCAAUGGGGACAACAAUCACGUGGUGUCUGUUCAGAGAGGGCGGAGCAGUGAGGAGGAGGAGGAGGAGAGACCCAGGAAAGGUGCCAGUUCGAGCACCACUCCAUCUUGUCAGGUUGACGGCUGCCACGCCGAUCUCAGCGGUGCCAGGGACUACCAUAAGAGGCACAAGGUGUGUGAAGCGCAUACCAGGACGACUGUGGUCUGCAUCAAGAAUGUAGAGCAUCGGUUCUGUCAGCAGUGCAGCAGGUUUCACCUUCUUCAAGAAUUUGAUGAAGGGAAGAAGAGCUGCCGCUCGCGUCUAGCAAAACAUAAUGGAAGGAGAAGGAAAGUUCAACCACAAGCUGCUGUGAAUGGGAAUUCCAUGAAUGAAAAUCAAUCCCUAAGUAGCUCCUUAUUCCUUCUGUUAAAACAACUUUCUGGGCUAGAGCCUGGUAGCUCUUCUGAGCAAAUCAAUCAUCCUAAUUCUUUGGUCAACAUUUUGAAGAACCUUGCUGCUAUUGCUAGCACACAGUCAUAUCAAGAUAUUCUAAAGAAUGCAAAUUCAAAUUCAAUAUCGGCAAAUGCUGGUAAUAAUGCUGCAAAUGGUUCUAUUGUGCAUGAGCAAACUAUACGAUCAACUCCUAUCGGGAGGGAAUCAUUAGCAGAAGAGCCUCCAGUGAAAAGGCGAGUACAGGAUUUUGAUUUGAAUGAUGCUUGCACUGAAGAAGCUGAGAGCCGAACAGAUAAAAUUGUGUUCAAGCUCUUUGGAAAAGAGCCGAAAGAUUUUCCUGUAGAUCUACGGGAACAGAUUAAAAACUGGCUGUCUCAUUAUCCAACUGAUAUGGAAAGCUAUAUUAGGCCUGGUUGUGUUAUUCUAACUAUUUACCUUCGCCUCCCUAAUUGGAUGUGGGAUGAGCUUGAUGAUGAUCCAGCUUCUUGGAUAGAAAAGCUUAUUAGCUUAUCCAAUGAUGGACUUUGGAGAAAAGGAUGGUUGUAUGCUAGGGUACAGGACUGCCUAACACUGAGUUGCAAUGGUAGUCUUAUGUUUGCAUCUCCCUGGCAACCGGUAAUUGGUGACAAGCUUCAGAGACUGUGUGUAACUCCUAUUGCAGUUGCUUGUUCUUCAUCUGUAAAAUUCUCUGUGCAAGGUUUCAAUAUAGUUCAGCCAACCACAAAAUUACUUUGUGUGUUUGGUGAAAAAUAUUUAAUUCAAGAAGAGACACAAAUGCUACUUGAAGAUUCAACUAUGCAGCAAGGCCCUCAAUGCCUAACCUUCUCAUGUUCCUUUCCUUGUACAAGUGGAAGAGGAUUCAUAGAGGUUGAAGAUUAUGAUCAAAGCAGCCUUUCUGUUCCCUUUGUUGUCACCGACAAUGAUGUAUGUUCUGAAAUUCGGACGUUGGAGCAUGUAUUGAAUUUAAUUUCAUUUGAUGAAACCUCGGAAAGAAUAGAUGAUCUGAUGGCUUAUCGCAGUCGGUCGUUACAUUUUUUGCAUGAAAUCGGAUGGCUCCUUCAAAGGAGCCACGUGCGAGCUACGUCUGAGCAGCCACAGUAUUGUCCAGACCGUUUCCCUGUUGCAAGAUUUAGAUGGCUGCUAUCCUUUGCAAUUGAUCAUGAAUGGUGUGCUGUUGUAAGGAAGCUUCUGAACACCAUGUUCCAGGGUGAUAUUGAUCUAGAUGUCCCAUCACCAAUUGAAUUUGCCUUGGGAGAAAAUCUGUUGCUUACUGCUGUCAGGAAACGCUCAAAGCCUUUAGUUGAAUGUCUAUUAAGAUACACAGCAACAAAUUAUGCUCCAGUGGGCAGCGGUGACGGUGCUCCAGUUCAGUUCUUGUUCACUCCUGCGAUGACAGGACUGUCAAAUAUUACACCUCUUCAUAUUGCAGCCACAAUCAGUGAUGCUACUGGUGUUUUAGAUGCGUUAACUGAUGAUCCUCAGCAGUUGGGAAUCAAAGCGUGGAAGAAUGCUCGUGACGCCACUGGCUUCACUCCUGAGGAAUAUGCUCGACAGAGAGGCCACGUAUCCUAUAUUCAAAUGGUACAGGACAAAAUUGACAGAAGGGUGAGCAGAGAUCAUGUCUCGGUUACCAUCCCCACCACAAUUGAUACUGUCGGAAAGCAUGCUAGCGGAUUGAAGUCUGCCGAUCAAAUCACAUUUGGUGUGGAGAAACAACUAAGCAUCAACCAAACAUCGAGCUGCAGACAAUGUGUCCAGCAGGUCCAGCAGCUUGCAUUUUUCCAUCCCCGGACAAAUAGGUUUUUGUCUAAUAGGCCUGCGAUGCUUUCCUUGGUCGCCAUUGCUGCCGUCUGUGUCUGUGUGGGAUUGCUCAUGAAGAGCCCGCCACAAGUUGCUUGUAUGAGGCCUUUCCUCUGGGACCAUAUACGUUGGGGCCCCAAUUGA